UUGCAUGCAUGGGAGAUGAGAGGGGGCAUGCAUGAGGAGGAGUUGAUUGAUGGCCGUAAAAGCAAAGGGUCCCGAAAUCUCCAAAAUGAAUGGAAACAGCUAUCUCCAUUAAUUGCUAUUCUUAGAAUGACAUGGUAAUUCCAAUCCAUCUCUCAAACACCACAACCUAGCUAGCUUUCCCAUUCCCCCCCGUACGUACGCGGGCGCACCCCCCACAUCCAAACAAAACAAAACAAAACAAAAAGCUAAAUCCUAAAACACACACAAUCAGAGAACCUCAAUCUCUCCGAGCAGCGGUCCAUUUUUCUCCCGGAACACGCAUAAGAUUUCCGGCUCGGCGAUGGCCGCUGUUCGCCUCCUUCUCUUCCACCUCCUCCUCCUCCUCCUCCUCUUCCCUUUCUCCUCUUUCUCCCUCUCCGAAAACGAAGCCCUUCUCAACCUCAAGAAAUCAUUCUCCAACCCCGUUGCUCUCUCUUCCUGGGUCCCCAACCAGAGCCCUUGCUCCUCCCGGUGGCUCGGCGUCAUCUGCUUCAACAACAUCGUCAGCAGCCUCCACCUCGCCGACCUCUCCCUCUCCGGCACCAUCGACGUCGACGCCCUCACCCAAAUCCCCACUCUCCGUUCAAUCAGCUUCAUCAACAACUCCUUCUCCGGCCCGAUCCCUCCCUUCAACAAACUCGGAGCCCUCAAGGCCCUCUACUUAGCCCGCAACCAUUUCUCCGGCCAAAUCCCCUCCGAUUUCUUCUCCCAAUUAGCUUCCCUGAAAAAAAUAUGGAUCUCCGACAACAAUUUCUCCGGCCCCAUCCCCUCUUCCUUAACCAACCUCCGCUUCCUCACCGAACUCCACCUCGAGAACAACCAGUUCUCUGGCCCGGUCCCGGAGCUCAAGCAAGGCAUAAAAUCCUUGGACAUGUCGAACAACAAGCUCCAGGGAGAAAUCCCCGCCGCCAUGUCGCGGUUCGACGCGAAUUCCUUCUCCAACAACGAAGGGCUCUGCGGGAAGCCUUUGAUUAAAGAGUGUGAGGCCGGUAGUUCAGAAGGGUCGGGUUGGGGGAUGAAGAUGGUUAUUAUCCUCAUUGCCGCUGUUGCUUUGGCGAUGAUUUUUGUGUUGAUGCGGUCGAAGCGUCGACGCGACGAUGACUUCAGCGUGAUGAGCAGGGAUCACGUGGACGAGGUGGUGCAAGUGCACGUGCCGAGCUCGAACCAUAGCAGGGCCUCCGAGAGGGGGAGCAAGAAGGAGUUUACUUCGUCGAAGAAAGGGUCGUCGCGUGGCGGCAUGGGUGACCUUGUGAUGGUGAACGACGAGAAGGGCGUGUUUGGGUUGCCCGAUUUGAUGAAGGCUGCCGCGGAGGUUCUCGGGAACGGUGGGUUGGGUUCGGCCUACAAAGCUGCCAUGAACAAUGGCCUCUCUGUGGUGGUCAAGAGGAUGCGCGAGAUGAAUAAAGUCAGCAGAGACAUCUUUGACGCCGAGAUGAGACGCUUUGGAAGACUCAGAAACCCUAACAUCAUUACGCCUCUCGCUUACCAUUACCGCAAGGAGGAAAAGCUGUUUGUCACUGAAUACAUGCCCAAAGGAAGCUUGCUAUACGUCUUGCAUGGUGACAGAGGAUCGAGUCAUGCCGACCUGAACUGGCCAAUGCGUUUGAAUAUCGUGAAGGGAAUUGCACGAGGGUUGGGUUUUAUUUAUUCUGAAUUUCCUAACGAAGUGCUGCCACAUGGAAACCUGAAAUCCAGUAAUGUUCUACUAACUGAAAAUUACGAGCCUCUCCUAAGCGACUUCGCCUUUCAUCCACUCAUCAACCCCAACUACGCCAUACAGACAAUGUUUGCCUACAAAACACCCGAUUACGUGUCAUACCAGCAUGUUUCACAGAAGACCGACGUGUAUUGCCUCGGAAUCAUCGUUCUUGAAAUCAUCACUGGGAAAUUCCCCUCUCAGUAUCACAGUAAUGGCAAGGGUGGGACUGACGUAGUGCACUGGGUGUUCACUGCCAUUUCUGAGAGAAGAGAAGCGGAAUUGAUUGAUCCAGAGUUGAUGAGCAAUCACUCCAACUCCCUCAAUCAAAUGCUGCAACUUCUCCAAGUAGGGGCUGCUUGCACGGAGAGCAACCCCGACCAACGACUUAACAUGAAGGAAGCCAUUAGAAGGAUAGAGGAGGUUCAGGUUUAAAUAUGUUGUGUCAAUAUAUGAUAGCUUAGUACAAAGUUGCUUUUGUAGGUGAGAAAAAUUGCGUUGCAGGUCUAGGAAAGAGUGCAUUCAUUAGCAUCUUGAUCCAGCAAUCACUUUGUGCAUGAGAACCACACAGUCCACGGGGAUAAUUAAAGAGAAUGAUUCAGAGGGAGAACGAAAGGCAGAGGGGGAGAAAAAUAUCGGAGGCAGAUCAGGGUGGCAUGUUGUUUCAGGAACUUGUUGAUGUCAAUUAUCUCGCUCCAAAAACUAUGAAAUAGAGCAUAAAUUGUGCGAUGCUGAAGCUUGGAGUUUUGGCCAAUUUUUGGUCCUUCUGAAGAAGAGAGAAAAAUGUCAAAGUCCAAGCUAAGUCGAUGGGUGUGUCUCUUUCUGCUGACGGCAGUACUUGUAAUUAUAUUGUGUGCAUUUCGUAUAAAAUGGAACCAGUUUUUCAGACAGCAUGCAUCCCCCAAUUUUACUGCUUACAAGUUUGUAUCCUGGGAUUUACCCACUCUUACUUUUAUUCCUAUCAAAUAUAUCCAAGGGAUUGCUUUUGAUUUCUCACUCUUCCCCUCUCCUUUUCAU